UUUUAGUACGUUAAAUCGAUACGUACAUCGUAUAAAAUGUAGAAUAUAAAAUAUGUACAAAACAAAUAAAAAUUAAAAAUGACAGUUUAUAAAUUAACGUUAUUAAAUCCUACAAUGGAAUGUUUUUGUCAAGAUGGUAAGUAUGCCUGAAAUAUGUCAGUACUUGUACAUCUCAGUCCGUAUUGAAUAUAAAUAGGAUUAAUGCGUAAUGAAUUGCAAGUUCUUCGUGCUAAUGAAUAAUCUAAUGUGAAACACUGAAGUUGUCAAAGGCCGUGCUUUAUGUUUACCUUUCAUCAGAAGGUGUUAUAGCUUUCGUUAGGGAGGAGUUCGGCGCGAUUUUGCCAUUAUGUCCCUAAUGGGACAAGACUUUGAUGAAGAUGUCUUUCUUCUGAAGUCGGACUCCACCCACUCCUGCAUGUGUGAAGUGUUUUUCUCGGAGUGUGACAGAGGAAAACCGCAUAUAAGGACAGUCUGAUGUCAGUGACCAACUAUUAUCCAGCUGUUCUCCAGAGAAGAGUCAUGGGUCCAUUCAGCGCUUUCCUUCUUUGCUCUGCUCUGCUCGCUGCUGUCGAAGGCUUUACCCUGGAGAACAUGAAAGAAGCCAUGCUUCAGAAAGUAGGACUAAACGAGCUUCCCAGGAUUCACAAGAGGGACUUGGAGAACCUGGUCAUCCCACAGCACAUCAAGAACAAAUACGUCUCCCUGCUGAAACUGCAAAAUAAGCGUCGGCGCAGAUCCCUGCCCAGCUUGGCUGGCAUCCUGCGAGGCAUCCCGGGAAAUGCAGAUGUUUCGGGAGAAGUGAUGUACUCAGACACUCACCGGCAGCGACUGGUUUUUGACAUGGAGACCAGAAUUCCAGAACACAGUGAAGUGACCAUGGCAGAACUAAAACUGUUCAAGACAGCACCGAAAAAGCACCCAAAACCCGAAAACAAGAACCGGCGUCCGGUCAACAAUGCUAGAGUGAGCAUAUAUUGGGUGAAUGUACUGGAAGAUGGAUCAAACCACACAUCUCUUGUAGAUUCAAGGUUGGUGCCGAUUCAUGAAACCGGCUGGAAAAGUUUUGACGUGACCCAGGCGGUUCAUUUUUGGUCUAAAACCCAAAGAAACCGCCCAAUGCAUCUAGAGGUCUGGGUCGAAGCUGAGAGACCGGGCAGCUACGCCGCGGAACUGGCCAAAUGUGUAAGGUUCGCCACCCAGAGCCCUAAUGACAUGGACGCCGGGAAGCCGGAGGUGGUGUUGUACACCCUCAACAUAGAGGAAUUUGGUUCCCGUGGCGAUUGCUCGGCUGGAAAAAGCAAUGUGUGCUGUAGGGAAGAGCACUUCGUCAACUUCAGAGAGCUAACGUGGACGCAGUACUGGAUCAUCGAGCCGGCGGGUUAUCAGGCUUACCGCUGCGCAGGCGGAUGCAAGAAGCCCAAUCGCAACUACGGAUACAGAGAGCGGACGUGCGCGGUGGUGGAGAGCGCUCCGCUGCCCAUGAUGUACCUCGUGAAGAAGGGUGACUACACGGAGAUCGAGGUCGCCGAGUUCCCAAACAUGAUCGUAGAGAAGUGUGGCUGCACCAUGGACGAUAUGUCGGUCGUAUAAUGCACGCAACGGCCAAAUACUAAAGAUAAAACCCGGAGUACUUCUAUAUAGUUCUGCAAUGUUGCUGAUGUUGUGUCGGAAUGUGGUAUCCAGUUUUUUGCACGAUACUUCCUUGCUUACAAGCACUUAAAUGUUAAUAAUCUAAUUUAAAACUAAAGUCUUUAUUUUUGCAUUUGUGCCCAAAAUCCGCAUGACCUAAACAUGACAUACCAAGGUAUUAUUAUAUUCAUUGUUUUAUUUUGGUUCGUAAAUAUUGCGGAUCGAAAACAUAGACUAUCAUUGUGUGUUAAUUCUUGAAAUAAAGCAUUGUGCAUUGAUA